AUCAUUUUUCUUUUUUCUUCACCCAAACUUGAACCAUUGAAUACCUGUUUUUGUUAGUAUGGUGCUUUGGCUAGAGUAGCCUAUUCGAAAUCAAGGCGUGUAGUUUUAUGUUAUUUCCGCUCUAGUAAAAACUCAAAUUCCAUUCGAGCGCGUUUUUUUUUCUCUCAUCAAUCCGUGGAAACUCGUCUGAGAGCCAGAAUGUGCGCGAUCUUCCUUUUGUACGCAGCUAUGUCGUGAUUUUAAAAAAAAUACAAACAUUGUAUUAAUUCUUUGGAUUUUCUUCCUUCUUCCAGAACACCACUUUUGAAUUCUCUGCGCUACUGAUAUGUGAAUCCUCUUUUAUUUCUUUUUUGUGUUUCAUAUCAAACUGCAAUGAAAGUGUUUAGCUGUUUACUCAAGGGGACAUGUAUCCUGCUGCUGAGUAUCUCCUUAUGUCUUGGUGAAGAGAGCUCAACGUUACCAAAUAUUGUGAAUCCUUGUUGCUGUUACCCUUGUCAAAACCGGGGGCUGUGUGUUCGAUAUGGCCUGGAGAGAUAUGAAUGUGACUGCACCAGAACUGGAUUCUAUGGAGAAAAUUGCACUAUACCUGAGUUUUGGACAAGAGUCUAUCGACUUUUGAAACCCAGUCCUAAUACAGUCCACUACAUCCUCACCCACUUUCAAUGGCUAUGGAACAUCAUCAACAAGACGGCCCUCAGGGAUUGGCUGAUGUAUAAAGUUCUAACAGUAAGAUCCAACUUAAUCCCAAGUCCCCCAACAUACAAUUCCAGAUAUGAGUAUUUGAGCUGGGAGGCAUAUUCCAACAUCACCUACUACACAAGAAUUCUUCCACCAGUUCCAAAGGACUGCCCCACACCCAUGGGGACCAAAGGAAAAUUGAAGCUUCCAGACCCUAAACUUCUGGUAGAAAAGUUCAUGUUGAGACGGAAUUUCAGGCCAGACCCUCAGGGAACAAAUUUAAUGUUUGCCUUCUUCGCUCAGCACUUCACUCACCAAUUCUUCAAGACUCACAACCGUAUGGGGCUAGGGUUCACUAAAGGUCUGGGUCAUGGGGUGGAUGCUGGACACAUUUAUGGAGAUACUCUAGACCGUCAGCUAGAUCUCAGACUUCACAAAGAUGGGAAACUGAAGUACCAGGUGAUAAAUGGCGAGAUGUACCCCCCAACAGUAAAAGACGCGCAAGUCAAAAUGAGCUACCCACCAUCUGUCCGUCCAGAGCAGCAGUUGGCUAUCGGGCAAGAAGUGUUUGGACUGCUGCCUGGUCUCAGUAUGUACGCCACCUUGUGGCUGCGUGAGCACAAUCGUGUAUGUGAAAUACUGAAAAAAGAACAUCCAACCUGGGAAGAUGAGCAGCUGUUUCAGACAACGAGGCUCAUUAUUAUAGGUGAGACCAUUCGUAUUGUGAUUGAGGACUAUGUCCAGCAUCUGAGCGGUUACCGCCUGAAGCUCAAGUUCGAUCCCACGCUGCUGUUCACCUCACAGUUCCAGUAUCAGAACCGCAUCGCUGUGGAGUUCAAUCAACUUUACCAUUGGCACCCACUCAUGCCUGACAGCUUCCACAUUGAGGGAAAAGAGAUUCAGUACCCUCAGUUCCUGUUCAACACCUCUAUCCUCACUCACUACGGGGUGGAGAAAUUGGUUGAGGCGUUCUCAACCCAAGCCGCAGGACAGAUCGGAGGUGGUCAUAAUAUUAAUGCAGUGGUGUCCAGAGUAGCUGAGGGAGUCAUCAUAGAAUCACGAGAGCUUCGUCUUCAGCCCUUCAAUGAGUACCGCAAGAGAUUCAAUCUGAAACCCUAUACAUCAUUCUCAGAAUUUGCAGGAGAAGAGGAGAUGGCGAAAGAACUGGAGGAACUUUAUGGUGACAUUGAUGCCAUGGAGUUCUACCCAGCUCUGAUGCUGGAGAAGACACGACCUGAUGCGAUAUUUGGUGAAAGCAUGGUGGAAAUGGGAGCCCCAUUUUCCCUAAAAGGCCUGAUGGGAAAUCCCAUUUGCUCCCCAGAUUACUGGAAGCCCAGUACAUUUGGCGGUCAGACAGGUUUUGAUAUAGUUAAUUCUGCCACUUUGAAGAGACUGGUUUGCCUCAAUACAAAGUGGUGUCCGUAUGUAUCUUUCCAUACUCCUCCAUCAGAUUACAAACCACAGAGAAUGUCUCACGGUGAACUUUAGCAGAGUUCACUUUUAGCAAAGCAACUGUUAAUCAGAACUAGGUCAAGAACUAUUGUUUUAAUACGCUGUCUCAAAUUUGACUUUCAAUUACAGAUGCUUUGAAGGGAUGGUUCACCCAAAAAUGAAAAUGCUGUCAUUCUCCAAACCUUUACUACUUUCUUUCUUCCACAGUAGAAAACAAAAGAAGGUAUUUUACAGAAUGUUGCAAUCCCUGAUUUCCAUACAAUGGCAGUUGGUAGUGAUUCCUUGAAAGGCCAUGACAUAAGCAAUAACAUUUGUCUUGAUCUUUUAACAUAAGAGGUUAUUGGACUAUAAAAGCAUACUAUUCAUUUCACUGCAAAAAGACCUCAUUCUCUACUUCCUCCACAUUGUGAUGUCCACUGUGGUAGAAAUUUGUAUCUAACUGCCUCCACAACAAUAUAACAACAUACUGUACCUUCUCACUUCUGUAGCCCCGCCCAAUAGCGGUUAGCAAUGAGAUGCCAAGGAGAGUGCAGGUCAGUCAACAGCAGAGAGCCAAUCAUAACAGUGUUCGUUUACUGUCAAGUCUUAAAAUAGAAGCAGCACUAAAACAGAUCGUUUCUGACAGAGGGUUGAAACAUUUUGGCGGGCUGAAGAAGGGACGAGGAAGCAGAUAAUUAAAGUGAAUCCAAGUGCAGUUUAAUAAACCAUAAAACAGAAGAUAAAAAACAAACUUGAACAAAAGACUUGACUUGACAAAGAGAUAAUUUAACUAAGAUGUGACUUCAAUAUUACAAUCAACAAUACUCGACAAAACACAAUGUAAACAUGAGGGCUUAAAUACACAGAUUAAGGUAACAAAACAACCAAUAAAUCAACAGAACUAAUAAACAAGAUGACAAAACAAUGAACCAAAACCAGUCAAAUGACAUGACUAAUAAACAUAAUGAAACAAGAGGGUCACAUGACAAACAAGGAACAGGAAGCAUAAACUAAACUUCAAUGUAAAGGUCCAAACUCCUAGCUCAUAGAGCAAACUCAGUCAUAGAGCAAAAUCAAUGUACUGAAUCAGAAUUAAAUGAAUAAUGCCUCCAGGCAACAAAGAAUAUAGUGGCUCACUCAUGCCACAAUGAAAAAUGUCAGUUGAUUGAGGCCUUCUCAAAUUCCACCAAAUGACAAAGCUCACAAUAUAGUCCUCAAGGGGACUAUUCCCUUGGCGAAGACGCGUAAGUCCCCACAUGACAAGGGUGAGAAAUAAGGGUGGAACAUGAUCAUGUUUACAUAUAUUUGACUGUUUUAUGUGCAAAAAACUUUUAUAAGUGAACCUCAAAGAACAUAUUAAAUUAAAAAAGGUAUGUCAAGACCCCUUUAAAGCUUAGAAAAUGACCCAAAAGUGUCAUAAAGUUGUCCAUGCAGAUUGUGCAUCUUGUACCAAGUCUUCUGAAGAUAGAUACUGAAUAUAAGCAAUUUUACUUUUGCCAUGGCUCUCCUUAAAAUAAAGUCAUAGGGGUUUGGAACAACAUUAGGGUGAUUAAAUGACAGCAGAAUGAAAAUAUUUGGAUGAACAAUCCCUUUAAUUGUAUUCUAAUAAUUGAAAAGAAUGAAAUAUCUUGUAAAUCAGACAUGAAUUAUCAAUAAGAUUAGUUAUUUGUAACAAGUAACUAGUUAUAUUUGAAUAUAAUGUAGGCCUAUAGUAACAACAAUGAUGCCUUGUGAAUGAAUGUCAUGUACUUUUCACUCUAAUCAGAGAUCAACACAGAACAUAUUUUAAUUAAUCAGUAUCUUUCUAAUUGGAAUUGUUAAAAUAAAAAUUGACUUCAGUUUGGAGAUUUUGAUUGAUUUUGCCAAUCAGUAUUCCUUAAAAUCCUACAACAAAACAUUAACAAAUUACAUUGUGUUCUUUUAAACACUUUGUUUACAGUAACCCAUGUUGCCAAAUAGACACGUUUAGCUUUAACACAUAGUUCUCCCAAAAAGUAUUCCAUCCAUUUCUUGAUAGUGAAAACAUUAACUCAUGGGUUGCGGUUUAGCAUUGGUAUUUGCUGCCUCAUUGCUUAGUUACUGUUUGAUUGCCUUUGAAUGAAUAAGUUAACUAUUGAAUGCACUGUUCUUGAAAUACAGUCAAUCAUUGUAGUCAUUUUGGUGAAACCUUUUAUAUAUGUUUGGCCAGUUUUUCUUAAGGUUUUUGUUGUUUUAGUCACUUAUGUAUACAUUUGUGUUCCUUAAAUAAAUGAAAGUAACCUAUGGAAUGUCCUUCUGAGUGAAGGAUGAUAUUAGCACCAUUUGUGGCACCAUUACAGAUUUUUUGCAAAAUAAAUAAGUUUGUUAAAGGCAUACAUUUACUAGUGUGUCUGAUCAAUGUUACAAGAGGUUUACUGAAAUAAAAACAGCAAAUCAAGUAAACAUAUGAAAAAGGAGGGUUUACGGUAGAUGAGGACAUAUAGAAUAUAAUGGUAAUGGAUUUUUUAUGGAAAUAAAACUGAUGGUAAUUAAACAAUCA